UUCUUGUGCCCACAGGUCCUGGUGCCCAGAAGUACCAGAUGCCCAACAGCAGCUCCAUCAGCGAGUUCCUCCUCCUGGCGUUGGCAGACACGCGGCAGCUGCAGCUCCUGCACUUCUGGCUCUUGCUGGGCAUCUACCUGGCUGCCCUCCUGGGCAACGGCCUCAUCAGCACAGCCGUAGCCUGCGACCACCGCCUGCACACCCCCAUGUACUUCUUCCUCCUCAACCUCGCCCUCCUCGACCUGGGCUGCAUCUCCACCACUCUCCCCAAAGCCAUGGCCAAUGCCCUCUGGAACACCAGGCACAUCUCCUACGCAGGAUGUGCUGCACAGGUUUUCUUUUUACUAUUCCUCUUUGGUGCAGAGUAUUUCCUUCUCACCAUGAUGUCCUAUGACCGCUACGUUGCCAUCUGCAAGCCCCUG